AUGACGGUCUUACGCGCCGUCUCUGUGCUCAGGACCUCCUUAACUAGCCAUAACGUACCCAGAUGCCUUGCUCGUAAUUUCUCAACGCCUUCAGAAGGGGUAGGUAGUCCAAAACCUCGCUUCGAAACAUACGAAACUGAUGAAAUCAUCGUUGAACAGUUGAGGAAAACUGGGCUCUACGACUUUCAUGUCGAGAAUGGGGCCAAGAUGGUCCCGUUCGCUGGGUACUCUAUGCCGUUAGCGUAUGGGGAUGUCGGCUAAGUUGCCAGUCAUAACCACGUCCGGAGCAGUGCGGGACUCUUUGAUGUUGGGCAUAUGGUCCAAUCCAAUUUCCGGGGACAAACGGCAACUGAAUUCCUGGAAUGGCUAACCCCGUCCUCGCUCACCGCCUUAAGCCCCUACACCUCAACCCUCUCCGUGCUGCUGAACGAAAAUGGCGGGAUCAUAGACGACACUAUCAUCACAAAACAUGCUGCAGACGCUUUUUACGUCGUGACGAAUGCUGGGAGGCGGGACGUGGAUCUACCUUGGUUUACGAAGAAGUUGGAGGAGUGGAACGCGAGUGAGAAAGCGAAAGAGGGGAAGGUGGAGAUGGAGGUUCUGGAGAACUGGGGUUUAUUGGCUUUGCAAGGUCCAGCAGCUGCUACGUAUCUGCAAGCCUUGACGUCCUUCGAUCUCCGACUGCUCACUUUCGGAAAGUCGGCUUUCGUCCCCAUUGAGGGCUUUAACCUCCACGUCGCUCGUAGUGGGUACACAGGAGAGGAUGGAUUUGAGAUCUCCAUCCCGCCAUCCCAAACGGUUGAAGUCGCAAAACUUCUCUCAAAAACUCCGGUACAGCUGACCGGACUUGGAGCGCGCGAUAGUCUUCGUCUUGAGGCUGGGAUGUGUCUUUAUGGCCACGACCUCGACGAGACUACCUCCCCCAUCGAAGCUGGAUUAAGCUGGGUCAUUGGCAAGGACAGAAAGGAGACAGGUGACUUCAUCGGCGCAGAAGGUGUAAGGCAACACCUCAAAGAUGGGCCCCCACGAAGACGUGUCGGCUUGGUUGUAGAGGGUGCUCCCGCUCGAGAGGGCGCCAAAAUCUUCACUCCUUCCGGUGAGGAACUCGGCAUCGUCACUUCCGGUAUACCAUCUCCCUCGCUGCAGAAGAACAUCGCCAUGGGAUACGUCAAGUCCGGCUCUCACAAGAAGGGCACGGAAGUCGAGGUUGAAGUUCGGAAUAAGAGAAGAAAGGCUGUCGUCACCCCAAUGCCGUUUAUCAAGCCCAAUUAUUGGAGGGGUUGA